GUCUGGGCACAGAACAUUCCAGGAGCGCACUGCUGUGUCCUAUGGUGCAUUGAUAAGUUUAUUAUGGCGAAAGGUGAAAAUGAGCCCUUUUAUGUGAAAUUUGUAAAUUCACCCGACAAUACUAAGUUCUUCUAUGAAGCACAUGAGGAAAUCAAGGCAUUUCAGUCAGAUGAAUAUCUACUGUUAAUUGAGGAAAAUGAGGCCCUCGCUUUGAAAGAAAAAGACAAAUCUCUUUAUGUGUGUGAUCCUUUUAGCGGUGCUGCCUUCAACCAUCUAAAAAAGCUUGGUUGUAGAAUAGUUGGACCCCAGGUUGUAAUAUUCUGCAUGAAGCAUCAAAGAUGUGUUCCACGGGCAGAGCAUCCUGUCUUCAAUAUGGUAAUGGCUGAUGUCACCAUUUCGUGCACAAGUCUUGAGAAAGAAACCAGGGAAGAGGUUCAUCAUUAUGUCCAGAUAAUGGGAGGAUGUGUCUAUCGAGAUCUUAAUAUUUCAGUCAGCCACCUGAUUGCUGGUGAAGUGGGUAGCAAGAAAUACCUUGUGGCAGCCAGUCUGCAGAAACCCAUCCUUCUCCCUUCGUGGGUGAAGGCCCUGUGGGAGAAGUCGCAGCAAAGGAUAAUUAGCUACAAAGAAGUGGACAUGGAGCAAUAUGUAUGUCCAAUUUUCCUUGGCUGCACCAUCUGUGUAACUGGGUUAAGCAGUCUGGAUAGGAAAGAGGUCCAGAGGCUGACCUGUUUACAUGGAGGACAGUAUACAGGUCAGCUGAAGAUGAAUGAGUCCACACAUCUUAUUGUGCAAGAGGCAAAAGGUCAAAAAUAUGAAUGUGCAAGAAAAUGGAAUGUGCACUGCGUAUCUAUUCAGUGGUUCUUUGACAGCAUCGAAAAAGGUUUCUGUCAGGAUGAAAGCAUGUACAAGACAGAGCCUGUAUCAUCAGCAAAAAUCAUACCAGAGACAUCCACUCCAACAGGAAACAGCAACAAACCUGAUCAUCGGGCACUUUCUGAUGUCAGCAACAUUUCUAAUAUAACCACUAGCUGUGUUAAUGAAUCUGCCUUUAAUUCUGUAAUGAGCACUAGGCUGGAACCUCCAAAUGACACUCUAGAGAACUUGGAUCUGAGUUCCGUACAGGCCCCCGAGGAUCUCCUGGAUGGCUGCAGGAUAUAUGUAUGUGGUUUUGGAGGAAGAAAACUGGAUAAGCUGAGAAAACUCAUUAACUGUGGAGGAGGAGUCCGCUUUAAUCAGCUGACUGGUGAUGUGACUCAUGUUAUUGUUGGGGAAAAUGAUGAGGAUCUAAAGCAAUUCUUGAACAAGACAGACCACAGGCCUUAUGUGCUAACAAUACAAUGGCUCCUAGACAGUUUUUCAAAGGGUACCUUGCAGCCCGAGGAGACGUAUUCCCAUUCUUCAUAUAAGCUAGCUGAAAUCCAAGCCCCUGCUCAACAAGUCCUCGGUACAUCUCUUCGUAAGGCAAGCACUACCAAUAACAGUGUUCGAAAAUCAUCCAACCUCACACUGAUGACCACACGUCAUCAGGCUGAUGAAGACCUGCUAUCUCAAUAUGCAGAAAGCGAUUCCACAUUAAUUGAACCAGGGAAUCCUAAACUGACCAUGCAGGAUGAUAUGCCAUCUUUUCCCAGCCAGAGUGGCCUGGGGGAAACAUCCACUAUUAUCGACGGUGGACUGUUCAGCAGGAAAUCUUUUAUGGUGUUGGGCUUUGUUGAGGAAGAUGAAGAUUGUGUCAUAGAAAUCAUAAAAAAGAAUGCUGGUAAAGUGCUGUCCUCUAAUAAGAGAGCAAUUGCUGAUUAUGCCGUGGUGCCUUUACUGGGAUGUGAGGUAGAGGCUACUGUCGGAGAAGUUGUCACCAAUGCUUGGCUGGGAAUGUGUAUAGAACAAGAACAACUUUUGGAUCCUCAAUCUAAUGCUCUUUUCACACCAGUGACCCAUCUAGAAGGCAGAACACCACUUAAAGACUGUGUCCUGUCUGUCAGUCAGUUUAUGGGAGCUGAAAGGGAUUCCUUAGUCUACCUAGCAGGUCUUCUUGGAGCCAAAGUCCAAGAGUUUUUUGUAAGAAAGGCCAAUCCAAAAAAAGGCAUGUUUGCCAGCACUCAUCUCGUGCUUCGAGAUCCUGACGGCUCCAAAUAUGAAGCAGCUAAGAAGUGGAAUUUGCCUGCUGUGACUAUGGCCUGGCUCCUACAGUGUGCCAGAACUGGCAAGAAAGCAGAUGAGAACCAGUAUCUUGUGGAGAACGCCAGUGUAGAUGAAGAGAGUUUUGUAAGUCAGACAUAUAGGCCGGUAGUAGCAAGACUAUCAAUGGAUACACCAGACCGUCCAGAAGCCUUGAAGAAAUCUGCAGUGACUCCAUUAGAUAUGAAUCGAUUUCAGAGCAAGGCAUUCCAGUCUGUACUUUCAAGGCACAACAAAAAGGUUCCAACACCUGGUGGGGAAACUAAAAUACCACAGAGGGAGCCAUCUCUUCAUCUUGACACACCUUCAAAAUUUUUAUGCCGAGAUAAACUUUUCAAGCCAACAUUUGAUGUUAAGGAUGCUCUGGCAGCUUUGGAAACUCCAGGUGGUCCCAACCAGAAGAACAAAACACAGAGCACCCCUUUGACAGAAGUGAUUGGAAGAAACCUGCAGUUAGCUCUUGCAAACAGUAACCGCCAAACUGCAGAACGUUCAGCUAGUCCUCAGUUAAAAAUGGCUGUGCAAAAACAAGUAAAUGAGGAGCCCACAAUUCUCAGUAAUGUUGUUAUUUGUGUGAGCAAGAAGCUUAGCAAAAAACAAGGGGAAUUAAAUGCUGUAGCUGCAUCUCUUGGAGCAGAGUACAGAUGGUGCUUUGAUGAAAGUGUAACGCACUUCAUUUAUCAAGGAAGACAAAACGACACCAAUCGGGAAUUCAAGUCUGUAAAAGAAAGAAAUGGCAUUCACAUUGUAUCUGAGCACUGGCUCCUGGCUUGUGCAGAAGAACAGAGGCAUGUCCCCGAGUCUCUAUAUCCUCAUACCUACAAUCCAAAAAUGAGCCUGGAUAUCAGUGGUGUUUUAGACGUACCACAUAGCAGCUACAAAAUUUCUACAACCCUAAAUGAUAAGGAUAAUGCGCUGCCAGAUGAAGAUGAGCAACCUAAAAUUGCUGAAAUUUCCCCUAAUACCACCCAUAACUCUGACAAAGCUCACAAUGCUCCAAAUGAUGUUAAGGGAGUUCUCACACAGACAUUGGAGAUGAGGGAAAAUUUCCAACGACAGUUGCAGGAGCUCAUGUCUGCAACAUCCAUAGUGAAAGCUCAAGGGCAGAGAUCAAUAUUAAGCAGAGCAGGUUUUGAUACAUCUCCCUGCACUCCGGAGGGUGCUCGUACAACACGUAAUGGCAGGAGCAGAGUAUUGGAAGCACGAAGAAACUCUCGCCAGAUGUUAACAGAUCUAAACACAGAACCAUCACAAAAUGAGCAAAUUAUUUGGGAUGACCCAACUGCAAGGGAAGAAAGGGCCAAGCUGGCCAGCAACUUACAGUGGCCUGACAGUCCCUCCCAGUGCACUGAACCUUUGCUGCCUCAUAAAGUUAAUGGUGAUGACCAAUCUCGGUUUAAAGAAUCCUUAACAGAUACAGAGAUAGCUGAAAUGGAGGCAUGUGAGUUAGCGCAUACUUCAGCCAGAGAAGCCUCAAAAAAAGAACCAGAUCUUCAGUCUCCAGUUAAAGAGGACCCUCUGAUCCCCACCCCACAGGCUCCAAGCAUUGCAUUUCCACUUGCCAAUCCCCCUGUAGCUCCUCAACCCAAAGAAAUGGUACUGCUUAGUGAGAAACCAGCAGAAGAAGUGGAAGAUAAAAAGGAACGGAGAUUCCAGCUUUCUUCUUUAAAUCCUCAGGAAAGAAUUGACUACUCUCAGCUCAUUGAGGAGCUAGGUGGAAUAGUAAUAGAUAAGCAGUGCUUUGAUCCAAGCUGUACGCAUAUCAUUGUUGGCCAUCCUCUCCGCAAUGAGAAAUAUCUCGCUUCAAUGGCUGCAGGAAAGUGGGUGCUUCAUAGAUCUUAUUUGGAGGCCUGCCGAGCUGUAAAACGCUUCAUUCAGGAAGAUGAUUAUGAGUGGGGAAGCAUCUCAAUACUGAAUGCUAUCAGUAGCAUCAGCCCCGUGCAGAGGUUGCUGGCAGAGGCAGCAAUGCAUUGGAGGAAGAAGCUGCAGAGGAUAAAACAAGAGACGGGCACUGUGGAGGGAGCAUUCAGUGGGUGGAAAGUGAUAUUAAAUGUUGACCAAGCAAAAGAAGCUGGCUUCAAACGUCUUCUCCAGUCAGGAGGGGCCAAGGUGUUCGUUGGCUACUCGUCCUCUCUGUUUAAAGAGGCAUCGCACCUGUUUGCAGACUUUGGUAAACUGAAACCUGAAGACGCCAGAGUCAGUGUAGCAGAAGCUGCAGCACAAGGAGUGAACUGUUUAAAACCAGAGUACAUAGCGGAUUACCUCAUGAAGGACCCGCCGCCUCCUGCCAGCAAAUACUGCCUUCCUGACGCAGUUUCUUCUCUUCAAGUGACGGGGAAUUCCCAUAAGAGGAAAAACUCUGGGGAGAACACUGAUGUCAAACGCUCCAGACUGUGUUACGAUUAGGAUUUUAACAUUCCCCUUAUUUAAGAUUCUAUGUGUGUCGUCUUAUAUCUGUAAAUGUGUGCAUAAAAUAGCAAUCAGCUCCACCAACUGAGCAUUUCAUGAAGUAUAAACAUAGUCGUGUAGCGGGGC